CCUUUCUCAAAUGCACAUUAUUUCCAGCCCAAUGAAAGCACAUCGAGUCAUUACAGUAUACAAAUGCAACACUGCAGUUGGCCUAAAAUAGACAUAUAAAACAAACUAAAUACGUAUUAUAUCUAAGAGUGGAGUGAAGUACAAUAGGCACUAGUUAACUUAACACUUCAAUGGAACAAAAAAUGUUUUAUGUUUUAACUACUUCAAUAGCCAGUAGCUUCAUCCGGUUUUAUGUUUCCUCUUUUCGUCAUCAAGCUCUCCAAAGCUUCUCUUAGUCCCUGAGCAUCGAGUUCCAGAGAAAACCCCGCCAAAGUCAUCCUCGUCGUGGAUAUGAUUGGGCGACGCCAUAGGAUUGGAUUUGAACGGCAAUUAAAAUUGAAGCUCUACCUCUGGUUUGAAGUACUUCAGCUUUUUUGCAACUGCAACCCCACCAUUAAAUGGCAAAUGGAUAGUUCUACUGAUAAGCCUCCUUACACUCCCCAGUUUAAACAAAUCCAGCCCGCCCGAGAUCCGGGUGAUUACAGGCCAUCCUUGAAGAACAUCAUCGUUGGAACUUUACAAGAACCUUCAUCGUUGGAGUCCUCGUCGAUCGCCAGGGCUGCAGUCUCGUCGUCCGUUGAGGCAUCUCGAGAUGGAGUCUCGUACCAAUGGAGUGACGGAUGUUUUUGAAUUU